AAAAAAAAUUAAAUUAAAUUAAAUAUCCGAGGGUAUGAGAGGCAUUUCACCCUCCUCGCCGGUGAGUUCGCCGGUCUCGCAGCGGGUACCAUGGCACUCGCCGGUGCCGUACCUGUUCGGAGGGCUGGCGGCGAUGCUGGGUCUAAUAGCGUUUGCGCUGCUGAUUCUGGCGUGCUCGUACUGGAAACUGGCGGUGCAAUCGGAGGAAAGAGAUUUAGAGAGCGGAAAUAGAGACAAUAAUAAUGCGGAGAAGGAGGAGGAGAAAAUUAAGGAGGAAGAAGCGAAGGUUUACGAAGAGAAGAUAUUGGUGAUUAUGGCCGGAGACCGGAAUCCGAGUUUCUUGGCGACGCCGGUAACGCCGAAACUUUCCUCAUUUUCCGGCCACUCUAAUGCUUCCUCCGGUAAGCUUCAUAGCCUUCAAAAUGGAAAUUGUGAGAAAGUUAAGGAAAUGGGUUGCCGUGAAGAACAUGAAGAAGCUGAGUGAACAACUCCAAAUUAUAUUAUUAUUAUUAUUAUUUUAAUGCAAAAAUUUCCAAUUUUGGGUGUGGAGUUUUGCUUAUUUGGAUGUAAAUUCUAGAGAGAGAAAGUGAUAAAGUUUUGAUGAAUUUUAA